GAAAGUCCGGCCCAGUCAUUCGGGGCGCGGGGGGAGAAGCCCCGAAACGCGUCCGUUCCGGGAAGGAAGGAGUCAAUGGCUGCGGCUCGCACACGCCACUUCCCCGAGCGGGGCUGACUCAUCCCGGGCUCGGUCCCGCUCCGACACCCGCGCCGCGCUCCGGAGCCCGGCCCGAGCCUCCGCCGGUCCCGUCCCGAACGCGCCGGCGGCGAUUCCCCCAUGGAGACGAACCAGGAGCCGCGAGGAGACCCCCGCGACCCCCCCAGCCCCGCCGACGCGCCGGGGGCCGGGGAUGGCGCCGAGAGGGACGAGGCGGCGGGACAAGGUGGGGACAAGGACAAGGAGGAGGAGGACAAGCAGAAGGAGAAGGAGGAGGAGGAGGCUUUCCUCGUCAGCCUCUACAAGUUCAUGAAGGAGCGGCACACGCCCAUCGAGAGGAUCCCGCACCUCGGCUUCAAGCAGAUUAACCUCUGGAAGAUCUACAAAGCCGUGGAAAAGCUGGGAGCCUACGAGCUGGUGACAGGCCGCCGGCUCUGGAAGAACGUCUACGACGAGCUCGGGGGCAGCCCCGGCAGCACCAGCGCGGCCACCUGCACCCGGCGCCACUACGAGAGGCUCGUCCUUCCCUACGUGCGGCACCUCAAGGGCGAGGAGGACAAACCGCUGCCCCCCAGCAAGCCCCGCCGGCAGUACAAGGUCUCCAAGGACGACAGGAGCAAGCGGGCCCGGAAGGAGAAGGGCCGCGAGCAGGCGGCUCCGGAGCGGGCGCGGACGGAGGAGGCGGCGGAGCGGGGCCGGGGCACGGACGGACGCUGCAGCCCGGCCGCGCCGGCGCCCAGCCCCGCGGGGAGCUGUCCCAGCCCCUGCAGGAGCCACAGCGAGACCUACAAGCGCCUCUUCUCCAGCUUCUACUCCAGCGGGAACCACCCCAUCAUGUCCCCGCUGGCCAAGAAGAAGCUGCUGGCGCAGGUGAGCGAGGCCGAGUCCCUGCACUGCCACAAGCGCCGCUGCCCCGAGAGCCGCCGGCCACCGAGCCACAGCGGCCCCGCGCCGCCCGGGCCGGCGGAGCAGAGGAGCCCGGAGCCGUGCGGAGCUCCGGACAGAGCUCCGAGCGUGGCGAGCGAGGCGGGCCCGGCUCACAGUGCAUCCCCGGCGGGCAGAGACGGCCCGGGCUGCCCGCAGGACGGGAGCGCGGCCCCCGCCGUCUUCACCGGCUACUUCCACGCGUACCGCAGCGAGGGCCCGCAGCCCGGCGGCUGUGCCCCGCUCUGGGGGUACUUCUCCAACCUGAAGGAUUUUUUGGAGCCGCCCUGCGCCUUCCCGGCGCGGCCCGAGGAGCCCGAGCAGCCCGCGGAGCUGCGGAGCCGCCGGGCCGCCGCCGUCCAGGGCUGCUGGGUGCCCCCCGGGGCCACCUUCGGCCCCGCCGGCCACCAGGAGGAGGAGGAAGAUGAUGAUGAUGAGGAUGAGGAGGACGAGGAGCCCUUCCGCCCCAGUGCCCAGACACGCGCCGCGUCCCCCUCGGCCAAGGAGGGCAGGGACAGGCGGAGCCGCUCGCCCGGGGGCCACCGAGUGCUGGCCAAACCCAAGGCCGUGGUGGCCGCCCCGGCUUUCACCGCGCCGCUGCCGCCGGACGCUUUCACGGGAGCCUCGCUGCGCUUCCCGGGCGGCCUCGGGAGCCCCCUGGAGCACCUGCGACCCCCGGGCGUGCCGCUGGCCCCGGCGCUCUCCGGGAGCCCGCUGGUGAUCCCGGCCUUCCCCAGCCCCUUGGUGGUGGCCCCGGGCGCCGGCCGCUUGCCCGGCUCCUUGGGCAGCUCGCCGCGGCUGUUCCCGGCGGCUCCGUGGCACGGGCAGCGCUCCUGCGGCUCCCCGCACGCCCCGGCCUUCCCGCACCACGGCCGGCCCUAGCGCUGGCACGGCGGGGACAGCGCGGGGACAGCCCGAGGACAGCGAGGGGACAGCCCGGGGACAGCCCGGGGACAGCCCAGGCUGGGCCGUUCGGAUCGCCCCGCUCAGGGCUGCUCAUGGCACGGGCAGGGUUCUCUCUGUUUUCUAUAUAUGCACACAGAAAUCUAUAAAAAAGGGAGCAACGGC